UCUGGCAAAGUCAGUAUAUAGCUCUAUUUAUAUAAAGACACACACAUAUAUCAGGCCAUCAGAAGGAUUUGUAUAAAGAGUGACUCUCCUAUGAAGGUAAAGGCCACCCCUCUUCAGUUCCAGUGACUGAGAUACGUUUCCAAUCCUGGGGGCAAAUACAGACGCAGCAAGUUCCUUCUUCCCUUUGGAAAUUUGGCAGCUGCCUUCACCAGUGAUCACAAAGCCACAUUUCAAAGGAAACUGACAAAUUAUCCCCAGCUGCCAGAAGGAGAAAUCCUCACUGGACGGCUUCCUGUUUCCUGUGGUUCAUUAUCUGAUUGGCUGCAGGGAUGAAAGUUUUUAAGUUCAUAGGAGUGAUGAUCCUCCUCACCUCUGCGUUUUCAGCCGGUUCAGGACAAAGUCCAAUGACUGUGCUGUGCUCCAUAGACUGGUUCAUGGUCACAGUGCACCCCUUCAUGCUAAACAACGAUGUGUGUGUACACUUUCAUGAGCUACACUUGGGCCUGGGUUGCCCCCCAAACCAUGUUCAGCCACACGCCUACCAGUUCACCUACCGUGUUACUGAAUGUGGCAUCAGGGCCAAAGCUGUCUCUCAGGACAUGGUUAUCUACAGCACUGAGAUACACUACUCUUCUAAGGGCACGCCAUCUAAGUUUGUGAUCCCAGUGUCAUGUGCUGCCCCCCAAAAGUCCCCAUGGCUCACCAAGCCCUGCUCCAUGAGAGUAGCCAGCAAGAGCAGGGCCACAGCCCAGAAGGAUGAGAAAUGCUAUGAGGUGUUCAGCUUGUCACAGUCCAGCCAAAGGCCCAACUGCGAUUGUCCACCUUGUGUCUUCAAUGAAGAAGAGCAUACCCAGGUCCCUUGUCACCAAGCAGGGACUCAGGAGGCUCAACCUCUGCAGCCAUCUCACUUUCUUGAUAUUUCUGAGGAUUGGUCUCUUCACACAGAUGAUAUGAUUGGGUCCAUAUGAUCCUCAGGUUUGGGGUCUCCUGAAGAUGCUAUUUCUAGAAUUAGUAUAUAGUGUACAAAUGUCUGACAAAUAAGUGCUCUUGUGACCCUCAUGUGAGCACUUUUGAGAAAGAGCAACCUAUAGCAACUUCAUGAAUUAAGCCUUUUUCUAUAUUUUUAUAUUCAUGUGUAAACAAAAAAUAAAAUAAAACUCUGAUCACAUAAAAA